AACAAGUUGAAUCUUCCACCCUUGCCAGUUGAGUCCUUUCUAGUUUGAACGGUAUGUUUUUGUUUCUUUCGAGUUUGAUUUGUUGUUGCUGUCGGAUGCCGUGAUCGUUUGGGUGUCCAAGCUUGAAAACGGCGCCAUGGGAUGUUCCAGCUCCACUUGUGAGCCUCCGCGUGGCGGCGGCCGUGGCGGUGGUGGCCCUGGUGGCCAUGGCCUUGGAUCUCAUGAUGAAGUGGCGGCAGAGAUGUACCACCUGGAGACCUCAAUGAAGAAUCAGCCUUCAUAUCAGGACACUUCUAAGAAGAGUGUCUUGAAGGAAGUGCAGCAGGCGGACAUACAUGCAACGUUUGAGAAGCCCAAGAGUGAAGACAAAGUGACAGCGCAGGAGAAGGUAGAGGUGUUUCUGGAGACCGUCCAACGAACGCCAUACGUCCUUGAAAUGAAAGUCCAAAAGAAACGCCGCAGAGAUUUUGGGCCUAUGUGACUUUUUGAGUGUGCAGAGAUAGUUCAAAGAAGGCACUUCCGUGGACAGUAGCCCUACUUGGACUUUUGAUCUCACGUGUUUCAAUUCUUUUUCCACAGCUUUCUUUCUUGAAGGGACAGAAUGCCAGGCAGCGCUUUGCUGCCGUGAUUGUUGUCUUUGUCCUUUUAUAUGCUGGAAGCUUACUGUCAGCUUUUUGAGCUCCGUACUCGUGCUUCCCACUUGCUGUUUGAAGUCCGGGCUGGUGCUAGUUGAGCUGAGCCCCCAAACUUUAGCUUGUCCAGAGAGCUUUGUAGUGCUCUGGAUGCUGUACCUCUACCUUUGGAUGCUGUACAGCUGGAUGUUUCACGUUUCCUUUUCAGUGCAACCGCUAAACAAAGGUUCGAA